CUGCUGCUGUUGCCUUGGGUAAAACAUUUACAUUUAUGUAGUGUUCUUGCGUUACACAGUUGUUUAUUGCAGUUAAGAAGGAUUUUGCUGAAUUUCUGAUGAACACAAAGUAGAUUCUAGCUAAGAUUUAUGCAAAUGACUUACGCAAAUCCCAACAGCUUUUUAUCUCCAAACCCGUGUGUUCUCUAGAGGAAAGUUUAACAAAUCAGCAAUUCAGUUCCUAAAGUGUUGCUAGUGUACUGUUUUGGUCUGAAGAGGGAGUUGAAUGUGCUUUUCUUAAAUGGUUCACUGAGAAGGAAAGGUGAAUUAUGGGUGAUUCCACAGUAAGAUAACAAAAGUUCACAGCAAAAAUCUCACCAUUUGCUUUGUCGACCUCCAACACUGUUGUGUAGGAGUCUGGAAAAGACCCCAGGGGUUCAAAAUAUAUGGCCACUAUGUUUCCAUGGCAAUGCAUCAUAAAUGGUGGGGGUUUAACUGGAUGGAUACUGAUCAGCCUACACACAUACACUGCUAUCCCAUAAUUUCUUCUCUCACACGGAUUCCACCCAACUAUUAGAUGUGUUUGAUGUCUCCUCGGGUAAUUGGUGGGUGUUUCGCUCAAAUGGGGCCACCAUCAUUUGGGUGAUUGAAGCAGCAGACCUGGAGGGGGCAGUUUAUAUCCUCUAAAGCUACUAGGAAUUUACAUUCUGGGUCGGACACUCCCUCCUGUCUGCCUUUACAGAUGAGGAGUCCCUGCAUGCUGUUUAUGUGAGCAUGAUUUAAACAUGACAUCAGAGCAGAUUAAAUGGCAUGAGGCCAGCUGAGAUUUAGGUCCUUGUAGCAGCAAAUAUCGACAAGAUAAUAAAAGAAAUAUUCACCCAAGGUUAGUAAAUCUUCAACAAAAUAAGUAUAUAUGGCACCAAAGAAUAGUUCAGCAUAUUUUCUCAGAGUGGACAGAAUGGAUAGACAUAUUUCAUAAAAACAGAUCAACGAAAAGCCUGUGAACGAGUGGCAGUCGGCUGUUCAGUCGGAGUUCCUCGAAAGCUCUGGGCAGUAGUGGCUGGUGAUCCCUCCUAAAUCUCUCCUUCCAUGCCUUCCCUCAUCUCUCCGCCCCCACCUUGCUCUCUCUCUCUCUCUUUUCUCCAUCUCUGUCCGUGCCUGGGAGAACGUAUGCGGAUGGAGAGGAGUGGUGGCGUCUCCUGCUGAACCAACCAUCCCGUCAGAAGAGGCGUGUGUUCCUCCUCCCUCCUGUCGAGGCUUCCGAGGUGAAACCAGACAGCCGUCCCCGCUCUGCGCCGUCGACCGCGCAGCAAACAGCGUGCCAGGUGGAUCUGCGCCCUGCUGCUGCUCCUGCUGGUGGUAGUGGUGGUGGUGCUGCUGCUACGUCGCAUCUCUCAAAGAGAAUUGCGCGUUUCCAGCUUCACGAAGUUGAGUCGCUGCCUCCUUUCUCGGUGAGCAAAAGCCAGAGUCGUGUGUCAUCGCCGACUAACGCUGUGGUCAAACGGGAUUGGUAUGACGCCGCAUGGAGACCCGUAGCUAUCACUGAACUAUUAGACGUCAACUUUUUCCUCUUCGGAUGAAGAUUUGUUCGCCCGCCUAAACCCAUGUGGAGGCGCACUGGACAACACUGGAGUACGCACGCCUUUAAUUUGUCACACCGGGAGCGAGAUGAAAUUGCAAACUAUGUGGAGUCACUGAGGAUCUAAUCGCUGCUCUCCGCGGGUGCAUGGAGAAGAGCAGCCCGAGGAUGACGGGUGGAACCCGGGAGGCGCCGGUAAACAUUUCGCCGGCGGUGGCUGCCAACGCCGAGGGCGAAGAGAUCGAGGUUUUGGAAAGUACCGACGUCCUUCCUGUGGCCCCAGAAGAUCAAUGGAAAUCUCUGUUUGACAAGUAUGACCCAGAUAGUUCAGGCUUUAUCAGCACGGAGCGGUUCAGGGACCUGCUGGCGACACACGGCUCUGAGCUUGACCCCCACAAACUGGAAGUACUAUUGGCCCUCGCCAAUGGCAACGCUGAUGGAAAGAUCUGCUACCAAGAUUUUGUCAACCUGAUGAGCAACAAACGCUCCAACAGUUUCCGGAGAGCUAUUCUGCAGGGGAGCAGGCAGCUGAAAGGCUGCAGUCUCAGAGAUGAAGUUGGCUUAGGACUCCCCCAGCGUUUGGUCCGCCAUGUCGCCUAUGAAACACUCCCAAGAGAGGUUGACCGCAAGUGGUACUUUGACAGUUACACCUACUGUCCCCCUCCCUGGUUCAUUCUGGCUAUUACCAUUGCUGAGGUAGCCGUGUUCAUGUACUACGGUUUCCAGCUGGAGCGCUUGGUCCUGCAGGUAUCCAGCCCAUCCUUCUUAAAGAGCCCCCUCCCUUACCACCCCCAGCUACGAGCCCAGGCCUGGAGGUAUCUCAGCUACAUUUUCAUGCACACUGGGAUUGAACACUUGAGCCUGAACAUGGCCAUGCAGCUGCUGGUGGGAGUCCCUCUAGAAAUGGUCCAUGGUGCCCUGAGGAUCGGACUGGUCUACGUGUGUGGUGUGCUAGCAGGGUCUCUGGCUGUGUCUGUCACUGAUAUGACUGCUCCAGCGGUAGGUUCCUCCGGUGGAGUGUACGCCCUGGUCUCAGCACAUUUAGCUAAUGUAGUAAUGAAUUGGUCAGGAAUGAAGUGUCAGUUUAAGUUAUUCCGUAUGGCUAUGGCACUGGUUUGCAUGAGUGUAGAGUUUGGCCGUGCAGUGUGGCUGAGGUUCUACCCUCCAGCCUUUCCUCCAUGCCCCAAUCCCAGCUUUGUAGCACAUCUGGGAGGUGUGGUAGUCGGCCUGACGCUGGGCGUGGUGGUCCUGCAGAACUAUGAGCAGCGACUCCAAGAGCAGUCCUUGUUCUGGAUCUUUUUCUGUGUCUACACCUUGUUUGUGCUCUGUGCUGUCUUCUGGAACAUUUUUGCCUACAGCUUGCUUGAUGUGCGACUUCCCCCACCACCUUGAGUUAGAAUCAGACAAGACACUUUAUCCCCUUUAUUCCUCCACUGACAGAUGCCUGGCUGCCUGGCUGGGUGAGUCACCUCAGCCCUCACAUUCUGAGCGUCAUCUUGGGUUGAUCAAAAUCCUCUGACAGACCCCCUUACUCCUGUAUCCAGCGCUACAAUGCAAGGAUAUCUGGCAUGCAGCAGCCUUUUCUGUCUGCAGUUUCUAGCCACCCAUUACCUUUCUGUAUUAAGCUUUACCAUUGUCCCUGCUUACCAUACAAGCUUACCUCCUGCUGUUUUUUUUUUUGUUUCGAUCUUUACUGGAUGUUUGUCAGUGGGACUGUUAUUGACAUCACUGCAUCAACAAAUGAGUAGCAGUGCAACACAAACAAGCAGCCUCAGCCUUGUCCACAUGGCUUAAUCUUCUCUGCCUCUUGCUCCUCAAUCCAACGGUGCCUAGUUAUGAAGACAUCAACCUGAUAAAAGUAUUUCUGCACUGCUGUUUCUUAUGUAGUUCUCAAUAUCCGGGUUAUGUGUGAAUGAAGGAAGUUAUGUAGGAACUUCGGCUAGGUCAAAGUUUUGCCAUCAUUGCAAGAAGCUUGUGAUCCUACAAAGUUUAGAUAAAACAAGAGGAUAGCAAACAGAAUUUAUUAUGAAUUUACCUGUUUGAAGGAAACUGAGGGUUAUUUUUCAGUGUUGCCUUCAGCAUUUGCCACUUCCUCAGAGGAGCAUUCAUUUAUUUUUUCAGCAUUAUUUCCACUGUCUUUUGUAUGUGUGCAAGGAGUGCCACAAAUGAAUAAUUGCAGAUGGAAAAGAAGCAGAAGAAGUGCCAUUCAGACUUUAAACUUUCAAAAAUAAUGCCAAAACGUUGCCACAAGCACAUGGGAAAGAGCACUGGCUCCAGCAACUGUUGUUUUUGUGUUAGCAAAAUGAGGAGUUAAGUGUGAACAGGACAUUUUCUUUGUCAAAUUCUUGUCAUUUUUUUUGCGCUGGGCCUUUGCAUUGAUAUUUGCAAAGGAAAAAAAUAAAAUAAGAGUAAAGGGUAAUUUAUUUAUAAAUGGUGAGAUCUUAGUUGCACAAGACUAAUGGAAACAUUCGCUGACACAUACAGCUGGACCAUUCUGAAUUUAGCCUCUUCCUCAUUACCAAACAUAGAAGAGCACACAUGCCUGACCUCGACUGCAUCCGGACUGGGGUUGUUUCAGUUCACAAGGCAAUUGGGCAAAGAUUUAAAUCAAUGCUCUCUCAAUAGUUCCUGUUACAACCGGAACAGAAAGUGACCCCAGCCCUAAGCUGUAAGUCUCAAACUGUACUGUAUUUUAACCUCAUGUUACACUGGUAACUGCUUCGCAAAGAUAAUAUUAUAAUGUAAUUAAAUACAGAUUAAUAUUUUAACACGCAUUUGCUGUGAUUAUUUUUUAGAUGAUGAUAUUGGUAUUUUGUGUACAUUGUUUGAUCGGUCCGCAUUGUGGUGUGUUAGCUAUAUCCUGUUACAAAAUUGAUUAAUGAUGGCCUAGAAUUAUAAUAAGGGCUAAAACUGAGCGAGGGGUAAAUCACUGAUAAUAUUUUAACAUUGUGCAUAUUUUGUAGAUUUGAUAUGUACAUACUGGGUUACAUUAAACAAUUUUAUACAGAAAGAAAAAAAAA